GUUCUGUCUAGUCAGUGGGUUGAGUCAAACAUUGGCUUUUUGACUCACAAAUCAAAGCAGUGUUUCUAAUAACACAAGCGAAUGGCUUCUACAGCAGUUAUUUAAAUCAUUAACAUCUAACUGUCCAUUGCAGGAUAUACAUCGGAAAAGUUCGGUUCCAUAACGUCACCGGUACUGGGUUGGACUUUUAAACGUGGAUUGGACCCGUGUGCAGUGUUGUCUAGUUUUCUACAUAGUGGUCAAUACAUUUUUCCCCCUUUUAGAAUACACCUCAUAGCAACGAAAUGACAGACAGACAGACAGGCGAUCUGUGAAGUCGAUCGCUGACAGACGCUGGUGUUCGCAUCAUCCACCUCACUGAUCCCCACUCUCGCUUUCCAGUUUCUCGGCUCAGCAUCCAUAUUUGCAUCCCAGGGAGUGGCUCAAUCCACCCGAACCCAUUUCCUGCAGGAAAAUUUAAAGUUCACCGGUUUCGGACAACCACAGACGCUCUGUUUUCUUGAUCCGUAGAGCUAAAACAUGGAAACAGACGGACGCCAUUCCCACAUCUAGUGCCUGGGAUCCACGCGCCUUACAACAGGGAUACCAGCUCGGCCUCGGCCUUAGCCCAAAACACCCCGCCAGUCUCCCUCCGACUGUCGUUUAGAAUGAAUAUGCUCAAAUCCAGCGGGCUGAAAAUCCCUGGCAGGGGGCCAAAGCAUUCCGGCCCAGUGGGGAGGACGUCAGCCGGAGCAGUGUCCGGCCCCGUCAUCCCUAAAGACAACGUCCCUCUGAAGCCCAUCACCCCCACCAAGCUGUCGGAGGUGGGCGACGACGUGCUGGGGGACUACGUGGUGGGCGAGCAGGUGUGGGUGAACGGCAUCAAGCUGGGCGUCAUCGCCUACCUGGGCGAGACCCAGUUCGCCCCGGGCCAGUGGGCCGGCGUGGUCCUCAACGACCUGGUGGGGAAGAACGACGGCACGGUGGGCGGCGUGCGCUACUUCGAGUGCCAGGCCCAGCAGGGCAUCUUCACGCGGCCCUCCAAGCUCACCCGGCAGCAGGUGGGAGACAGCAGCGACAGCCACUCCACCGACUCCCAGGUGGCGCAGGGUCACAGCACGCCUCACGGGGGCGGCGGCGGCGGCGGUAACGGCGGGGGGGGCGGCGGCGGGGGAGGGGGGAUGGGUCCGGGAGGCCAGCGCAUCGUGGUGCCCCUCAGGGAGGGCCUGCUGAACAGCGUCGCCAAGACGGGCAACGAGUCGGGGUCCAACAUGUCCGACAGCGGCUCGGUGAAGAAGGGCGGCGAUAAGGACCUGCGAGUGGGAGACCGUGUUCUGGUGGGCGGCACCAAGAUGGGCGCAGUGCGCUACAUCGGCGAGACAGACUUUGCCAAGGGGGAGUGGUGCGGCGUGGAGCUGGACGAGCCCCUGGGGAAGAACGACGGUGCAGUCGCCGGGACCAGGUACUUCCAGUGCCUUCCCAAAUUCGGGCUGUUUGCCCCCGUCCACAAGGUGAUCCGCAUCGGCUUCCCCUCCACCAGUCCAGCCAAGGCCAAGAAGAGCAAGCGCAUGGCCAUGGGGGUGUCCUCCCUGGCCCACAGCCCCAGCAGCUCGUCCAUCAGCUCGGUCAGCUCCGUGGCCAGCUCCGUAGGGGGGAGGCCCAGCCGUGCCGGACUGCUGACGGAGACGUCGUCCCGCUACGCCCGCAAGAUCUCGGGCACCACGGCGCUGCAGGAGGCCCUGAAGGAGAAGCAGCAGCACAUUGAGCAGCUCCUGGCCGAGCGAGACCUGGAGCGGGGCGAGGUGGCCAAGGCCACCAGCCACAUCUGCCAGGUGGAGAAGGAGAUGGGAGUCCUCAAGAACCAGCACGCGCAGUAUGUCUCAGAGAAUGAGAGUACCAUGCAGCAGGUGAAAAACAUGCUAGCCGGCACGCAAAAAGACAAAGUGGAACUGGCCAAUCAGCUUGAAGAAGAGAAAAGGAAGGUGGAGGACCUCCAGUUCAGAGUGGAGGAGGAGUCCAUUACAAAAGGAGAUCUGGAGACUCAGACCAAACUGGAGCACGCACGCAUACGUCAGCUGGAGCAGAGCCUGAUGCUUGAGAAAUCAAGAGCAGGGGCGCUCCAGAAAGAUUUAGAAACCAACAGGCAAACAACGGUGGAGGAGAAGAGCCGCAUCGUGCAGCUGGAGGAGGAGCUGACACUGAGGCAGGCCGAGGUGGCCCAGCUCCAGGCUCAGCAGCUCUCCACCGGCGAAGACGGCCAGGGCGGUCAGCAGGACUUCCAGGCGCUGACGGCCACUCAGCCGGAGGCCGUCCUCCGGGAACAGCUGCUGUCGGCGGGCCGUGAGCGCCUCAAGGAGAGCAGUGAGCUCAAGCAGAAGCACGAGGAGGCUCUGGCCGCCGGCCGGCAGGAGAUGGAGACGAUGAGGGCGCUGGUGGAGCGGCAGAACCAGGAGAUCGGCCUGCUGAAGCAGAAGGUCCAAAAGGCCACCAGGGAGAACAUGGAGAUGAUGGACAGCUGGAAGGUGAAGCUAGAGACCAUGGUCAGUGACCACCAGCGCUCCUACGAGGAGCUGAAAGCCACGUUGAGCGGCGACCGGGCCACCCCAGCCGGCCAAGAGCAGGACCCGCAGGAGCUCAGGGCCUCCCUGGAGAGCCUGAAGAUGGAGCACAUGCUGGAGGUGGAGAACCUCAAGGCCAAGCACAAGAUCCAGGCGGCCAUCCUGACCAAGGAGCACGAGACCCUCAGCGUGAGGCUGCAGGAGGCCCGGGAGCAGCUGGCCCAGGGCGCGCCCGCCGACACAAGGGGCCUGAGGGAGACCGCGGAGGAGCUCAGCGCCGCCAACGAGAAGCUGCAGAAGGCGGACGACCGGCUGGCGGCGCUGGAGGAGCUCCGGGCGGAGCAGGAGAGGAGCGGCCAGGAUCUGAGAGAGAGGCUGGAGCUGUCAGAGAAAAAGAUGAGCGAUUACAAAGCCCUGCAGAAGGCUCAGAUAGAGAGCCGGGAGGAGAUCCAGAAGCUGGAGGAGAAGCUCAGGGUGAUGGCCAACAGACUCCAGGCCAUCCAGACGGACCGCUUCAUGUCCCACGAUGCCAACGUUAUAGAGGACAACGCGCUCUCUGAUGAAAAGACACGAAGACAGAAUAUUGAAGAAACAAUGGAGAAGCUGGUGAAAAGAGAAAAAGAGGUCUCCACUCUCAGUACGCACGUGGAUGCGCUGAAAUCACAGAUCUCGGCUCUGGAGGGCAAGGUGCGCUUGGGGGAGAAGAGAGCCGACGCCCUUGCCAGGGACAAGCUGCGCCUGGAGGCGGACCUUGAGUCCAUGACCAAAAAGUCCCAUGAUGCAUCUGGGCAGCUGGUUUUCAUAAGCCAGGAGCUACUGAAAAAGGAGAGGAGUCUGAACGAGCUGCGUGUGCUACUGCUGGACUCCCACCGCCACUCGCGGGACAUGGAGAGAGACCUGGAGCGGGACCUGGGCCGGGAGGUCCACAAGGCAGAGUGGAGGGUGAAGGAGCAGAAGCUCCAAGAGGACAUCAAGACUCUGCGUGACAAGCUGCUCCUACUGGGUCGGGAGCGUUCCUCCCCGGACCACCGGAGGUUCUCCAUGCUGGACCCCUCCACCUUGGACUCUGAGGUGACGCGGCUGCGCCAGAGGCUGCUGAGCACAGAGGACGCCCUGAGGAACGCCAUGGAGCACAACCAGCACGUGGACCAGCUGGUGCAGGCCAUGGGCAGACACCCCGACAAAAGCCCCGUUCAUGGGGCAAAUUCAGCUAAUGGCAUUCAUCAGCAAGAGGCCGACCUGACCCAAGAUGAACAUGCCAGGAUGAGAGAAGCUUGAAUUGGGUCACACAGAGGUACAUUUCCAACAUGAGAAAGUAAAGACAAUUUGAUGUUCAGCCUAAUGCUGUGAUGGACUCCUGAAGAACUCUUCUUCCGUUUGCAGUUAAUACCAAAACAAUGAUCCUUCUAAACUGAAUUUAUCUGUUACUGGAAACACCUAUUAGCCAAUCGCAGACAGAGUCAGCUCAAUGUACUAUGAAAUGUGGAUGGUAAAUGGACUUCAAGGUGACAUGGUAUUAUCGUUUCAAAAUAAAAAAAUUGGUAUGGGAUAGUUUGUGAUAGACAGCUUGGAUCCAUGUGUGUUUCCGAGGGAAACCAACCCUAAACUCCUGAAUCUUGAAUCUUGUAUCCUGAGUUUGAGGACAGUUGGUGGACAAUUGGUGGACAGCGACCGAGAAGAACCUAAGGGGUCCGAUGCACCCCGCCUCUUUUAUUUAUUGCUCAUACUUUGCUACUAUGCCUUGUAACAAUGCUCUGUCAAGUCAGUGGUGUUUGGCCAGCGAGACCCCCCCCCCCUCCAACAAGUGGCUUAAUCUGAGGACUGAAAAUAAAUGGAUGUUAAUUAAAUCGAGAGCCCUGCUGUGUUUCCAAUGUCCACUUGUGUCAAUGGAAUGACUAACGAGUCAUUUUGUAAUGAAGCCUUCCAUAAAAACUCAAUCAACUACCAUUAUACCUCUUGCCUCCAGUGAUGUUCUCCUACUUUCCCCCGUGUUCCUGUUCAUAUGACUCCCUUCAUACCCCCUUGUGUGAUUAAAUAUGAUGCUGAACAUUGUGCACAUCAAGGCCUUUCUUUUGCGGUAGAGAUACAAAAGGGCUUAAAGUAGAAGGAAAACAAUGGGAGUUCUUCACCUUGGCUAUUAUUUUCCAACAUGCUACCAAAACCUAAAUACUGUAAGUCUUCCAAAUGUUGUAAUUUCAAAAUCACCGCUCAACGAGGAUAGGCGACUGACGCUAAGUGGUCCCUUCUGGGAGCCAUUGAUACAAAUUCUUAUCAGUAUUGGGACUUCGGUCAGCUAAUGUUCUGGUUUUUCAUUGAAUACUUUAUAAGAUAUUCUCCAAUGGAAGAUUUAUACCCUUGAUUAUUGCUGCAACGGUUUCAGAGAUUGAGUCAUUAAAUAUUAACAAUGUGG